AUGUUCAUUUUAUCUUUUUUUAUUUUAGAAGUUUUAGGCUUUGCUCAAGAGAAUAUUACAUCAGUUUGCAUUCAAGAAAUGAAUAAUCUACUCACCUUGCCAUUUAAAGAAUAAUUAUAAUUAGUUUUACCAUAUUAUUCUUUAUCUGGUGACUGGAUAGAAAAGUUUGGAUAUUAUGAUGAAUGCCUAAGAAUAGAUAAAGCAUAUUCUUCAGUUCAAAUAGACUAAAUCACUUCAAAAUUUAAUUAUGGUUUUUGUCAUUCUAAAAUUUGUUCUGUAGAGGAUUUUAACUCUCCAGAUGGAUAAUAAACUAUUAAGAAUUUAUUGAAUGAAACCGGUAUAGCCAGUAUAAUUUAAGUAUUAUUUUAAUCUCAUAUAUAUCUAGAUUAAUUUAUCAGCAACUAAAUUUACAUUCUACAAUCCAUUAACUUAUUAUCCAAAUCUUGGAUUAGGGACAUUUAUUACUUCAGCUAUAAUAAUCAUAUUAUUAAUUUUAGUUUUAAUAGAUCCUUUAAUGAGAUUUAAAAAGACUCUCAAGAGUUCUCAUACUCCAGAUGUCAGAGAUGAUAUUGACAAAUAGGUAAAAAUUGAAUAUAAAAAAAAUGAAAGUACUAUCAUUUAAGAUUUUUCAAUAAUUGAAAAUUACAAGAAAAUUAUAAAUCUUAAAACAAUAGAUCCAAAUUUAGCUAUGUUUAAUGGUAUAAGAGCAAUUGGUUUUAUGAUGGUUGUAUAUGGACAUGUAAGUUAGUUAACACUUACAUCCACAUAUGCAUAGGAAAUGCUAUUGUAAUACAAGAAAUUGAGUUUCAUCAUGUUAUUUAAUAUGACAUUUGCUGUAGAUAUAUUUUUUUGGGUUGGUGGUUUCUUUUUAGGUUAUGUAAUGUGUGAAGAAAAUAAAUGCUAAACCAUUUAGAAAUAUCCUUUCUCAAUAUUAAUAAGCAUUAUUCAUAGAUUAAUGAGAAUAUGGCCUUGCUAUCUAUUGUGUAUUGCUAUAAAUUUAUACAUUAUUCCAUACAUGGGUAGUGGACCUAGGUGGUUUAUGGUAGAAACAACAACUUAAUGUAAUGGAGGAGCUUGGAAAAAUGCAUUAUUUUUAGAUAAUUUUUAUGAAGAUUUUCAACUUUGUUUUGGAUGGGGUUGGUAUUUAACAUGCGAUUUCUAAUUAUUUUUAACAUGUCUUAUACCUAUAACCAUUUAUUGUUUGAAUUAUAAAUUAGGAUCGAAAAUAUUGAUUAUUUUGAUGAUUUUAGGUAGUCUAGGAUGGGGAUACUAUAUAAGCAUUUAUUAUAAUUUUUUGAUUCUUGCAAAAAAUUUUACCAAUCUUGCUUAUUAUUAUAAAUAUUAUAUAAGUUCUUAUGCAAGAGCACCUCCUUACUUUUUAGGGUUGCUAAUAGGAAUUCUUUAUAGAGAGUUUAAAUAAUCUAAAGAGAAAGGAAGCUACAAUAUUCUGAACUAUUUUAGAAGCUUAGUAGAAUCAAACCGAACUAGAAAAUUAAUGUAAAUAGUUUGCUACAGUGGAGGAUUUGGUUUGAUCAUCUUUUAAUUUUUUGGAUGGAUAAUUGAAUUUAGUAGUUUAGAGUUAAUAUGGCCAGCAUGGAUAUAAAAUAUUUAUCAUACAUUAAGCCGAUUUGUAUUUGCACUUGGAAUAACUUUAAUCACAUUACCAAAUUUAGUUGGAGCAUAUGAUAUGUAAAAAUAAAUAUCUAAUAUUUAGAUUUAAUCUAAAAUUUAUGAAUAACAUUUUUUUUAAAUUUAUCUCUAAGGUUUCAUUAUCAAUUUAUUUGGUUCAUUUCAUGUUUAUUGUGAUUAUAACUGAGACAUUUUAUGAAACCCCAUCAUACACAUCAUUAGAUGUGAUUUCAUCAUUUAUUUGUGCUGUAUUUUUAUCUUUGACAUUUGGAUUGGCACUCACAUUGUUAGUAGAACUGCCAUUUGUAAAUUUAGAUGCUCGUUUGUCAAAGGUAUUAGUAGCUCCCAGAAAAAUGAAAUAAUCAUGA